AUGGAGUCAACUAACAAGCCCUCAGAGAGGACGUUCACUUCUUUUACCAGUGCUCAAGCGACGGCUUACGCAUCAGCUCGACCAGCAUACUCACCUGCUCUUUACGACGUUGUGUUCUCCUAUCAUGCUGCCACAGGAGGGCAAUUCGGGACGCUGUUAGAUGUAGGUUGUGGUCCUGGGAACGCUACUAGAGACCUGGCACGUCACUUCGAGGACGCGGUAGGCUGUGAUGCUGGAGAAGGUAUGGCCGAGGCUGCGAAUAAAUUGGGUGGGAAGUGUAAGAGUGGAAGAGAUGUACGAUUCGAUGUCUCAAGUGCAGAGGAGUUUUCAAAGUUGGAAAGUGUGAGGGAAGGUGUUGAUAUGUUGACAGUUGCUAUGGCAGUAAGUGAAAGCGUCGAAUUCGUGGUUCCCUUCUGGGCAGAAGCCGCCAAAGUUGUUAAGCCCGGAGGGACAGUUGCAAUUUGGACUCGAGUUUCUGGAUUUCCACACCCUAAGAUGGAAAAGGCUACCGAAAUAAAUGAAAUCGUGUUCCGAUUCGAACGUGAUAUACUCCUGCCCUAUGAACUUCCUGGCAAUCGGAUGUCAAGAGAAUUGUACGCUAACAUACCUCUGCCUUGGCAAGUAGAUCCGAUAGUCUCGUCCUUCUUAGAGUCAGACUUUAUUAGGCACGAGUACGAUAAAGACGGGGUGCUUUCCAAUGGGGAGAGCUUCUUCGGCGGGGAUUACACUGCCAACUUAAGGCAGAUUGAGAAGGGUUUGGCUACUUCGAGUAUGGUCAUAAGAUGGCGAGAGGCUCACCCAGGUUUGGCUGGAACCGAAAAAGACUGUUUGAGGGUUUUCAUCGAGGAGUUGAGAGAGGUGCUGGGUGGGAAAGACGAGAUUGUCUCGGGCAGUGCGACUGUGAUUUUGUUGUUCAAGAAGACGUGA